UGAGAAAAGAAAGUCCAAAACUACCCACAUGGUGCUCCUGGAGAUCAUUAAAGAAGAAGGCCUCCUCAAAGCCGUCUGGGUCAAAGGCCAACGUUCUACUACUGGAAAAGAUCUGGUAGUUGGAUUUGUUGCAGGGGUGGUGAAUGUGUUGCUGACAACACCACUCUGGGUGGUAAACACCAGACUGAAGCUGCAGGGGGCAAAAUUUAGGAAUGAAGACAUUGUACCAACCAACUACAAAGGCAUCAUUGAUGCUUUUCACCAAAUCAUUCGCGAUGAAGGAAUCUUGGCUUUAUGGAAUGGCACAUUUCCCUCCUUACUGUUGGUCUUCAAUCCUGCUAUUCAGUUCAUGUUCUAUGAAGGCUUAAAACGGCAGAUUUUAAAGAAACGAACAAAGCUUUCUUCUUUGGAUGUGUUCAUCAUCGGUGCAAUAGCCAAAGCAAUCGCCACCACGGCCACCUACCCCAUGCAGACCGUGCAGUCCAUUCUGAGGUUUGGACGUCACAGACUAAACCCAGAGAACAGAACACUGGGGAGUCUCCGGAAUGUUCUCUAUCUUCUUCACCAACGAGUAAGGCGGUUUGGAAUAAUGGGACUCUACAAAGGCCUGGAAGCCAAACUGCUACAGACCGUGCUCACGGCUGCUCUCAUGUUCCUUGUUUAUGAGAAACUGACGGCUGCCACCUUCACAGUCAUGGGGCUGAAGAGCUCGCACAAGCACUGAGCACACCUGGGGGGGCUACCUCCUGCGUGAAGAGAAUUGGUUCUCCUUUUGCCCUCGUUCCUUCCAUCUUGAACUUUACCCUCACUGGCUUGAAACAGCUUCUAAGGGUAAAUACGGAGGAUAGCCAGCUGGACCUGUGGCCAACUUCAUUUUAUGCUGGUUGGUUAAGUUAUGUGGGGGAGGUUGGACUAAAGGUCAUAUGAAAAGAAAACAUUGAAAAUCUAAAACUGAAAGUCACAGGGGUCAUUGGUUUCCUUACAGGGAAUGAGCUCUAGCUGUUGUGUGUAAUUGCUCCAGUUGAAGUCUUUCUUAAAGUUACAGGCUGUUCUUUCCCUGAACCCACGCCCAGGUUUCAGGACAAAUUGAAUAUCCUGCAGUUCUCCUCAUACACUUUUGUAUGUCGCAGUCUUGGCAUUUUCCUCUCUAAAGCUGUUGUGACUGUGCCAUGGAUAUGACUUUAUUUUCAUUGGGCUUUUUUCCUCUUAAGUAAAGGUGUCUUCUUUAGUAGAUGAGCUAUUUAUUUUGUGGGGGAAAUGAAAAUUAUUUAUCUCCAAUGAUUUUCUUAUAAACGAUUGAUGUACAUCAUUUAUACAUUAGUUUUGACAUAAUUUUGAAAUAUUUAUUUUGAAUCAGCCCUUUCAUUACAAAACUUGAGACUUUAUGUUCAUCCAACCAAGCUCCAAUAAACUAUCAACACAAAGACA